CCGACGCAGGCAGCAGGGUGUGGCAGUCACCACUACUGGCGACAAAAUUUUCUAACAUGUCUUGUGGUUGGCAACAGGCUCAGAUCCCUCACGACUCGCGAAAUCUCUCGCGUCUUUGGGAGCAUUACUCCGCGCAGGGGCUUUAGCACAGUCGUCGAGGAAACAUUACACAAGAGCGUGGUCUCAAUGGACGUAUUAAUGUAAAAUAAUGGGACUUAACCCGUGGCUCAGUAAGGACUCGAUAGACAAGAACGCGGAGUAAUUGGGUGCGUUCGCUAUUUAUCUCUGGCAGUACGGAAUGAAUCGCUCUCAGCAAGGAAACACAUAUUCAACGAUUUGUUCGAAAUUGUGUGCGGUACGCUGGUUUCAUCGCAAUACGGCAGGAUACGACCCUAGUGUGAAUGCCAGUCACGCGAUUUUACUUCGAGGAAUUCGGCGAUUUACCAAUCCUGUCGUUAAGCAGCAGCCUCUGACAGCACGCCUGCUUCGUCUCAUUUUCGAAGAACUUGACCUCACGCAGACUCGACACCAACUUUUAUGGGGUGGUCUUCUACUCGGAUAUUUCUUCCUGCUGAGACCGAGCCAUGGUACAAGUCAAAGGAUCCGCUGA